CGGGGGCGGCGGCGCGACGGCAGUCGCCGGCCCGGCGUCGAUACCGCGCGCCCGCCAUGCCCCCGCGCGCUCGGUGACCAGCUCGACUCUUCCUUCCUCUCUCUUCCCUGUGCUUGUGUUCAGCUCCCGUCUCCCUGAUGAUGGUCCGGCGCAGCGGCCGCUACACCGUCAACUGGCGCGGAUUUAAGGACUUCGCCUUCGGAAGUAAACCCCCUGAUGAAGAGGAGGAAGAGAAGAAAUCGGAAGAAGACUUAUCAAACCAUGAUCGGAUAUUUUUAAAAAGCAUUGUGGAAAGUCCUGAUUUUUGCAGGAAAUUACAGACUGUAGAGGCCGAAGAGGACCUGUAUGUGAAGCCUGUCUCCUUGAAUAAUAUUAGUAUCAUACGAUCUCUUAGCGAGUACCGCGGGAACAACAUAAGGACCAUUGAACAAGCUGAACUUGCUAUACUGUUAUCUAGAGUACAUUUUAAGGCAUUAAUUGAUGCUCACGAUCAAAUCGGUGCAAUCUGGCUUGAUCGAGGGUCUGGCGUAGCCGUGCCGCCGGUGAAGGAAGAAGCAGAGACUGAAGGAGAGAACAAGGAGGGAACUGAAGAGAACGGAGACAUGCCAAUAGAGACAGUGAAAGUUGUUGGCCUGAGGAAAGUGCCUGGCCAGCCCCUGGGACUGACUGUGACGACAGAUGAACAUGGGCAGUUAAUAGUAGCUAGGAUAAUGUCGGGCAGUGCAGCGGCCAAGCAGGCACUCCUGUCAGUUGGAGACGUACUGCUCGAGGUGGACGGAGUGCAGAUAGACUCCGAGGACCAGCUCAAGGAAGCCGUCUCCAAGGACAAUGAACGGGUCACGCUGAAAGUCGGACCAAACCUGAAGGAAAAAAGCUCACAAAUGACCAAUAAACUUAGUUGCUAUGUCAGAACAUUAUUUGAUUAUAAUCCAAAAGAAGACUCAUUGUUACCAUGCAAAGAAAUUGGUCUUGCAUUCAACAAAGGGGAUAUUUUACAGGUAUCUGAUAGAAAGGAUCCAAAUUGGUGGCAAGCAAGCCAUGUAGACCAGCCCGACACGAUGGGGCUGAUCCCUUCGCCGGAGCUGGAGGAGAGGCGCAAGGCCUAUGUCCCUCCGGAGGCCGACUUUGUGCAUAAGAUCAGCAUUUGCGGAGCUCGGAUAUCGAAAAAGAAAAAGAAGUUCGUCUACGAGUCCCGCUCCAGCGUGCAGCUAGAGGGCGCUGAACUAGCCCUGUACGAGGAGGUGGCGCGCACGCCGCCCUUCCUGCGCCGCGUGCUGGCGCUGGUGGGCACGCGCGGCGUGGGGCGCCGCACGCUCAAGAACCGCAUGAUACAGGACCACCCGGACCGGUUUGGCGCUGUUGUGCCUCACACGUCGCGCCCGCCGCGGCCGCUAGAGGAGAACGGUCUCUCCUACUGGUUCGUGUCUCGUGAAGAGAUGGAGCGAGACGCUCACGCCGGCCGAUUCCUCGAGUACGGGGAGCAUAACGGACAUCUGUACGGGACGCAUCUUGAUUCGAUUAGAGCUAUUAUAAAGGAGGGCAAGAUGUGCAUCCUGGACUGCGCGCCGGCGUCGCUCAAGCUGCUGCACAACAGCAGCGAGUUCCUGCCCUACGUGGUGCUGAUCGCGGCGCCCGGCAUCGAGCACCUGCGCAACCUCACCUAUUACUCUAAUAGGAACCUGCAGUUCGACCGCCAGAGCUCCAUUCGGUUCAGCUCGCGGCGCGCGCGCACGCUCGAGUCGCUCGCCUCGCUGUACGAGGAGGAAGACUUCAAGAACACCCUCGAAGAGAGCGCUCGGAUCCAGCGGCAGAACGAGAAGUACAUCGACCUGGUGAUCGUGAACCACAACGCGGACACCACGCACGCGCGCGUCAUGGACGCGCUGCACUCGCUGUCCACUGACCACCAGUGGGUGCCCGUCAGCUGGAUCUACUAGCCUGUGUGUGCAGCUGGAUCUACUAACCUGUAUUGGAAGGGUACA